UCCCUCCGCGAAGGGGUGUGCGUUUUGAAGGUUGUAUUUAUCUCGCUAACAUCACAUUACAAGGAGUACACUUGCGGAGGGAUAGCAUUCGAAGCCACUGUUGGAGCUAGAAAACGGUGUGAUGGAUGGAGCCACAGCUCCUCAUACUGACUGAGUUCAAGUAAGGUCUUGUCGGGACAGGGUACGGCGAAUACACGGAUGCGAAAGCAUGGAACGCAGUUCAAAUAUCUAUGAUCCCCCCCACACAAUUGCAACGUGACAGUUCUAAACGUUUCAUUCAAGGUCAACAUUGGACUUCGGUCAGCUGUAACCGCGGACAUUAUCGAUGAUAUUUAUCUUCUGGUGGUACAGAAAUUGUAUGAGCAGCACUUUUUUUUUUUUACCGGUCUGCGGUGAGCAAUGACAUCUUUCGCGGAAGAGAUUUAACCUACGCUGUCAGUAUCUGAAGCAAUAUUUCGGACCAAGUUUUCAAUUCAAAGUUGUGAUAUUUAGGAGAGGGUGUGUAACUUGCUAACUAACACAGCGCCGUAGCCGUGUCUUGAGCUCUCGGUUGCCUGGACGGAUAGCUAGCUCAGGGACCUUCGACGUUUCCUGCUUUCGCGAACGUUGUUAGCCAGCUUGCUACAGUACCUGGAACUGCCGCAUCCAUCUCACUAAAGUUGCCUAGCUAGCCAGCCAGUUGUCGAACAUGGAUAUCUUGUCGGUCCUUUGGAAAACCAGUUGCUAGUGAGGAAAGUGUGUUCAUUACACGCUAACUACAAGAUUUCCAGCUCACCCCCUAAAUUAUUUUAAGUUAUAAAAACGAAUUGCAACAUGUCUGUUCGCGUAGCUUUACACUCACCCACUGGCUCCAGAAGUUUUCUGGAGCGGGGACUCCUACUUCUGGUGAUGUUGAUCUUUCUGGAGGGUACCGUACUGACGCUUGGAGCUGCCAGCUCACCGGACAUCAGCGCUCAGGACAACACUGGAGGAGGACACGACCGCCGCGACGACCACCGAGGGAUAGCAGGCAGCCACGAACAUACUAACUACACGUACACAAAAAAGGCCUUCCCCGUUCUGUCUCUAGAUUACCAUCACAUACAGGUGCCUUUCGAGAUCUCGUUGUGGGUGUUGCUGGCCUCAUUAAUGAAAUUGGGGUUCCACCUGAUCCCCCGGCUGUCCAGCAUCGUGCCCGAGUCCUGUCUGCUCAUUGUGGUGGGCCUUCUGGUCGGCGGCCUCAUCAAGCUGGCGGGCGAGGAGGUACCCCCCGUGCUGGACUCCAACCUCUUCUUCCUGUGCCUCCUCCCCCCGAUCAUCCUGGAUGCGGGCUACUUCCUGCCCAUCCGGCCAUUCAUGGAGAACAUCGGCACCAUCCUGAUGUUCGCCGUGGUCGGCACCCUGUGGAACGCCUUCUUUGUAGGGGGUCUCCUCUACGCCGUGUGCCAGAUCGAGGGCACAUACCUGAGCCAGGUGGAGCUGCUGCCCUGCCUGCUGUUCGGGAGCAUCAUCUCGGCCGUGGACCCGGUGGCCGUGCUGGCUGUGUUUGAGGAGAUCCACAUCAACGAGCUGCUGCACAUUCUGGUGUUCGGAGAGUCGCUGCUCAAUGAUGCCGUCACUGUGGUCUUAUACCACCUGUUUGAGGAGUACUCUGGUGCUGGUGAGGUAACGCCAACGGACGUGAUCCUUGGGGUCAUCUGCUUCCUGAUUGUGUCGCUGGGCGGCAUCGCCGUGGGCGCCAUCUACGGUAUCCUGGCGGCCUUCACCUCCCGGUUCACCUCGCACACCCGCGUCAUCGAGCCCCUCUUCGUGUUCGUUUACAGCUACAUGGCCUACCUCUCGGCCGAGAUGUUCCACCUGUCUGGAAUUAUGGCGCUGAUUGCAUGCGGCGCUGUGAUGCGACCCUACGUGGAGGCCAACAUAUCCCACAAGUCCCACACCACUGUCAAGUACUUCCUGAAGAUGUGGAGCAGCGUGAGCGAGACCCUCAUCUUCAUCUUCCUGGGCGUGGCCACGGUGGCCGGGCCGCACGCCUGGAACUGGACCUUUGUCUCAGUCACCGUCAUCCUUUGUCUGGUGUCACGUGUCAUUGGCGUGGUGGGCCUUACCUUUAUCAUCAACAAGUUCCGCAUCGUCAAGCUGACCACCAAGGACCAGUUCAUUGUGGCCUACGGUGGCCUGCGAGGGGCCAUUGCCUUCUCCCUGGGCUACCUGCUAGACAAGGACCUCUUCCCCAUGAGGACCAUGUUCCUCACCGCCAUCAUCACCGAAAUCUUCUUCACCGUGUUUGUACAGGGCAUGACUAUCAAACCCCUGGUGGACCUGUUGGCCGUGAAGAAGAAGCAGGAGGCCAAGCGCUCCAUCAAUGAGGAGAUCCACACCCAGUUCCUGGACCAUCUGCUGACUGGCAUUGAGGACAUCUGUGGACACUACGGCCAUCAUCACUGGAAAGACAAGCUAAACCGCUUCAACAAGAAGUACAUAAAGAAGUGCCUGAUAGCGGGCGAACGCUACAAGGAGCCGCAGCUCAUCGCCUUCUACCACAAGAUGGAGUUCAAGCAGGCCAUCGAGCUGGUGGAGAGCGGCGGGGGCGUCAAGCUGCCCUCCGCCAUGCCCUCGCAGGUCUCCAUGCAGAACAUCCAGCCCAAGAAGCUGCCGCCCGCUGUAGCAGAGCGGGCCCUGCCUCAGUUCACCAAGGGCCGUGAGGAGGAGAUCAGGAAGAUCCUCAGGAGUAACCUGCAGAAGACCCGCCAGAGGCUGCGCUCCUACAACCGACACACUCUCGUGGCUGAUCCUUUCGAGGAUGGAUGGAACGACUUCCUCCUGAAGAAGCAGAGGAUGAUCGAGCUAGAGAAGAAGAUGACAGAGAUGAGUAACUACCUCACGGUCCCUGCCGCACCUCCCGACUCCCCCACCAUGUGCAGAGCCAGACUGGCCUCGGACCCCAACGCCUUCUACAACAUCAAGGCGUCUUCAGACGGCGUCCCCACCAUCCAGGUGGACCUAGCCUCCCCCCAGUCCCCGGACUCUGUCAACAUGCUGAACGAGUUCUCCAAGCGGGGUGCCACGGACCAGGGCCUGGGUCAGAGGGAGGGGGCCACCCGGGAUGAGGACCAAGGCCUGAUGAUGAAGCUGUCCUCAGCCGGGAAAGAGGAGAAGGAAGAGGGGGGAAACAAGAACCCAGGGCUGAUGAGGUGUCUGAGUGACCCGGGCCCUAGUAAUGAGGAUGAGGAGGAUGAACCAUUCCUUCCCUAAAAAACAACUAGCUCCUCCCAUUGUGAGGAAUAGGGAGGGGCCUGGUUGCAACAGCUCCUCCCCCUGAGCGGGGCACUACAGGGGAAAGGUCCUCCUCCUUUCACUCCACCACCACCUCAUUUGAGUUUGCUAUCCCAUUGGUUGAGGAACCAAUAAAGCCAAAACUGUUAAGGACUUAGGACAUAACUUGUUUUAUGAACCAAAAGAGAAAAUGAGACUAAAUAGCCAUCUUUUUUCAAUAGUUGUCAUUGCUCUUUUUUCAUUUUUUAAGUGAUAGGAAGGAAGAUCGCCGCCUUGGGUGAUCUUUGGUUUAGUGGGAAUUAGCCCGAAUGACGGGGGAACAUAAUUAUGCGUUACCAAAGUUUUGGACUGGUGACAAAGUUUCACAUUUGUUUUCAUAACGUUUACGAUUGUUCUUCUACUUUCAAGAAAAGUUAGCCUUAUUCUUUUUGUCAGACACAAACUCCUUUUCACUUGGUGCAUUUGAUCACGCAAUUAACUGCUUGUUUUGAAUUUCAGGGUUAAUAUGAGACUGUUGUUUAUGUGGCUGUCUUUUGUCAUCGUUUGUCAUUCAGUUGGUCAGAGUUCUACUUGGUGUACUCGGUGCUGUACACUGGAUGUACUUCACACUGGAUGUUUUCACUGUGCUAAUCUCGACGGACCUCUCUCUUCACAUCCUCGCCUAUGGAGACCCUAAGGCAAGCGCAGGCUUGGAAAUGUUGAGAUGCAAACCUGGCAUCGCCGCUUCAAGCGCCGCCUCUAUUUUAAUCGAACGUACGAAAUCGGCAGCAUCACCGAGACGUGUAUGCUGUGCAGUAUUAGCUCAUUUAAAUAAAAGAAGGAUUGUGAUGCAACACCAAGAGAUUUGUUGAUCUUGAGUGUACUUAACUCCCCUAUAUAUAAGCCAAUCCCUAAAAUCACACCAAAUACUGUUCUCCUCCUGACACCCAGCCAAAAAAGGUUUUGUAAUGUCUUAAUUUUGUGUUUUGAGUUCAAAUAAUUGACAAAGACAAAUUUGUACGUGCGCUGUAGUGGACAAAAAGAAACGGUUGAUAAUAAAUAUGAAAAAUGUUUAUUACAGUAAAUGGGUACAGUAGGUAAACAUAUUUGUCACAUCAUGUGGUCCUCUACAGAGGACAUUUAUAAUCCAGCUCUUAUUUAAACGUGGGAAAAUGAUUACACUGCUCUGAAAACUCACCAAAUUAUUUCUAAGAUAUUUACUCGAAGCAAUUUGAAUAUCAAACUCACAAAGAUUAUAAUUACGCACACUUAUCUUCUUACCACAACACAUGCUAAUUGUGUUGGCAGCCAUUUUAAAACCCCAGGAAGAGAAAGUUAUCCACUCAUGUGAUAUCAUUGAAAAACACAGAAUGUCCUCUCAGGUACAAUAGGACUUAAUGCAGUGGCAUGUUAAAGAGAGUGUACAAAAAUGAAUUGGUGGGUCUCAGGAGGAUAUGUUCCCUUUAAGAAAAUGCUCUAGUACCAUUUCAGAACCAUUUUGUGGUGUUUUCUCCAUAUUCGCUUGCCGGUAGUCGCAUCUUACAAUUCAUCUUACGGGUUUGAUCUAUUCUUUACUCUCUUGCACCUUAUUUACAUCAGCUGUUUUUGACAUUUUUAAAAGACCCUGUUGCCAGUUUAACGUUCCCCAUUGGUUCUUAGCACUCCCCUUUUGAAAAUCUAGUGUUCCAUAGACAUUUGGGGUUUUAGGCAUCGCUGUAAAGGAUAUGAGGUGUGAGGGGACUAUGGAUGUUUAUCGUCCAACCACCUCAAUGGCCAAUAAUAUAUAAUUAAUUUAACCUUCAUUUAUCCAGGCGAGUCUACUGAAAACAAAUUCUUACACUCGGACUACACCGGCUGUGCAUGCGUCCACCAUCGUGCGUAUGUUGAGUUUUUGUCGAUCCACACCAGACGUGAUCAUGACACGCAGGUUAAAAUAUCAAAACCAACUAUGUUCAUUUGGGGCAAGUCGAAACAAGAAACAUUCAUGGACAUUUAGCCAGCUAGCUCUUGCUAGGUAGUUUGUCCUAGGAGAUGGACAUUUAGCCAGCUAGCUCUUGCUAGGUAGUUUGUCCUAGGAGAUGGACAUUUAGCCAGCUAGCUCUUGCUAGGUAGUUUGUCCUAGGAGAUGGACAUUUAGCCAGCUAGCUCUUGCUAGGUAGUUUGUCCUAGGAGAUGGACAUCGGGUUGUUAUUUUACCCGACAUGCAUAUGGUCCUAUUAUUAGCUGGUUCUUUGUAGAACUUUUGACCCGGAGUGUUUCUCUACUCUGACGUCUAAUCCGUAGAUGAAAAAGAGAAACCUAGUUCGUUAUCUUUAGUGAAUCUCUCCUCGUUUUGUCUCAAGCUUUGCGUGGGUUUGUGUCUUCCUGAUAUCCAAUGAGGAGGGGACUUGCAGCGCGCGACUCUAAUAGAACAAAGUUGUAUUUUAGCUCUUGGCUACGCAGACCCUUCGUCACACGAGCGAGCACCACAUGGCCGGUGAAUGAUGGCCUGGAGAUACAGGCUUGAGGACAUGGGCAAAACUAUUCAAUGCAGUAUAUUGGUGUAAAAUGUGCAUAGUGAUUAUUUUGAUUAUAACCAUUUUUUAAUUGAACGAUGCCCUUUAAAGCAAAUGCCAUGCUGUAAUGUCGACGCAAACGAAGAGGUCAUCGCUCCUCUGCUAACAUUGAGGUCUAUAACCAUCACGGGCAGUGCGCUAGCUAGUUGUAAGCAAAUUCACACCAAGAGCCAACACCUAUUCUGCUCGCACGACAGCGUAAAGCUAAUCUAGGGUUUGCGUAAGACUAUGAAAACCUUGACGUGUACAGUAUAUGGUUGUAUAGGUAUUAUGUAUACAGUACAUUGCUUCUCUUUUCUACACAAAGCCAUAAGAUCAAAAGGAACAAUUGAAUAAUUGAUUUGAUUUUGAUUCAAAAGACUGCUUGCUAUAUUGUCAAUGUGAUUACAGUCGCUCAUCGAUCUGAACAUCUCAAGGGGACAUUCAACCACUUUUAGGUGCAAAGUACAUUGCACCUAACAUUGAUUCAAUAGCAUAGCAACCCCUCAACCCAUCUACUGUACAACCAUCUUAGAUUUGUAGCGUGAGUGACUACUUUAGCUGGAGUCUGUAACUGUCUCAACUAGAGAAGCCUAAGAUGUCCAAGACCGUGGCCUAGUUUGCUGGUUGUCACCUUCCUCUCUGACCUCUGUGUAUUGUCACUUUACGCCCAUAAAGAGAGCGAGCGAGAGAGUCUUGUUACAGCUGAGGAGAGAGAGGGGUCUCCUUACAGCUUAGGGGAGGAGAGCGAGAGGGAGGGAGAGGUGCACGGUGGUUACUGAGGUUACGGUGAGGCGAACAUGAGGACGGGGUGACGACGUAAUGGUGUGCUUCUAAGAAACUGUGGCCACUCGUGCACAUAAAGUACUACAUCGUGUGUGUGUGUGCGUGGUGUUCUCCUUUCAUGUCCCCAUUCCCUCACAUGGGCAUUGCAGUGGCGGAUUCUUGUAGGUUGAGUCCAGGAAGGUAAAAUAGAUCUUCACUUGAAACCAAAUUGAAUGAAUGAUAUGUUGAAAUGUCAGAGCUUGUUGUCAAGGACAGGCUGCUUCGGCUGUGAGAGUUAGACGAGGACAAGGUCUUAUUGAUCAGAGAGGGGUUUAAAAUGAAGCUUUACGUAAUGAUUGACAUUUGAUACUUCCCUGGCAGAUUUUUCUCUCCAUUGUAUUGUUAUUUAAACGACCAGAAAUGUAGUAUAGUAUGAACAUGACAUUUACAAGGUUUCCAAAACAGGUUCUGUAAGUGCAGCCAUAGAAACUCAACGUUAGCUUGGCAACUAGCCUUGGAGAUUGUUUCUAAGCCCCCUUUUUUUUUUUAUUAGCCUUCAUGCUAGUGGAAGAGCAGUUUACCUCAACGCUUUCCAAUCGCUCUUUUAUUUGGCCACCACUUAAAGACCUUCAAUGGUUUCCUGCUGGAAAGGAGGAACUACUGUUAUCAUGAGUGUUCAGAAGACCGAUCUUUAAAUGUAUACUGAACAAAAAUAUAAGUGCAACAUGCAACAAUUUCAAAGAUUUUACAGAGUUACAGUUCACAUAAGGAAAUCAGUCAAUUGAAAGCAAUUCAUUAGGCUCUAAUCUAUGGAUUUCACAUGACUGGGAAUACAGAUAUACAUCUGUUGGUCACAGAUAACUUAAAAAAAUAAAAAAUAAAUGGGCCUCACGAAUUUGUCACCGUAUUUGUUUUUGAGCAUUCAAAAUGCCAUUGAUAAAAUGCAAUUGUGUUCGUUAUCCGUAGCUUAUGCCUGCCCAUAUCAGAACCCCACCAACACCAUGGGACAUUCUGUUCACAACAUUGUCGUCAGCAAACCACUCGCCCACACAACACCCUACAUAUGAUGUGUGGUUGUGAGGCUGGUUGGACGUACUGACAAAUUCUCUAAAACGACAUUGGAGGUGGGCUAUGGUAGAGAAAUGAACAUUCAAUUCUCUGGCAAAGGCUCUGGUGGACAUUCCUGCAGUCAGCAUGACAAUUGCACACUCCCUCAACUUGAGACAUCUGUGGCAUUGUUGUGUGACACAACUGCACAUUUUUUAGAGUGGCCUUUUAUUGUCCCCCGCACAAGGUGCACUUGUGUAAUGAUCAUGCUGUUUAAUCACCUUCUUGAUAUGCCAUACCUAUCAGGUGGAUGGAUUAUCUUGGCAAAGGAGAAAUGCUCACUAACAGGGAUGUAAAACUAAUAUGUGCACAAUCUUUGGCGAAAUAACCUUUUUGUGCGUAUAUAACAUUUCUGGGAUCUUUUAUUUCAGCUCAUAAGACAUUGGACCAACACUUUACAUGUUGCGUUUAUAUUUUUGUUCAGUCUAGUUGCCCGGUGCAUGUAGGCUUAAUCUUAAAAUCAUAGUCAGGGUGUUUCUCACCCAACCAUAUUGUGCACCAAUGGUUUAAACACAGAUUUUUCCAUCCAAACAGUUUUUGUAUUGAAGCCCUGGUUGGUGUCUGAAAAUCAUGCAGUGUGUUUGUAACACUCUCGGCAUCGUUAUGUUUUCGUUCCUUGCAGACAACUAAAUCUCAAGCCAUACAACCUGUCUAGGGACUUUAAUAUUAAUUGGUGUGUGACAAUGCUAUGUCUGUCACGUUGCAGCAGCCUUUGUUCAAUAUUUCCUGUAGGGAAGGAAGGUGAACAUUUAUAAGUGGCUUCAAUGUCUUGCUUCACUGACUUCCUUAAUUGUUCAAAUGCAAAUUAAUUUUUGUUUCCUUUCUCAGCUCCACGCUGAAUAAUUUUUCACAUUUAAUGGAUUGUUGAAGCUAUGUCUGUAUAAAUUCUCUGGCCUCGUUUGGAAGUGGGUUCAGGAAUCGCAAGGAGGAGGGUUACCCAGGACUAAGUUUGGCCAUGCUUGUGGUUCUGUCUGCAUUAUGUGUGCUUUACAUGUGUUUAUUUGUAUUUGUAUAAUUGCUGCUACAUGUGAUUUUUUUCUUCUUCUCCAUUCGGUUCACAUGCUUUAUUUGGGAUCCGUUGCUUUGUAUUUCUUCAUGUGUUCUACGAUGUGUUAAUGUGCUUCAUUUGGGUUAAUUUGCUUUAUAUUGCUUCUAGUACUUUAUAUUUGGUUCACAUGCUUUAUUUGGUUUCAUACACUUUUUUUUACAUUGGCUCCAUGUGCAUUAUAUUGCUCCAUGUGCUUUUUAAAGUCACUCCAUCUUAUGGUUGGCUACCUUACUGGAACCGAACCAGACUGACAUUAAGAGACCAAACGCUUCUUUCAUCUGAACUAGUGUCGUUACAAAAUGAUUGUUCUCCUUGCAUUUUUUUAUAUAUAUUUUUUUUAAACCUUUAUUUAACUAGGCAAGUCAGUUAAGAACAAAUUCUUAUUUUCAAUGACGGCCUAGGAACAGUGGUUUAACUGCCUGUUCAGGGGCAGAACAACAGAUUUGUACCUUGUCAGCUCGGGGAUUUGAACUUGUAACCUUCCAGUUACUAGUCCAACGCUCUAACCACUAGGCUACCCUGCCGGAGCACUAGAUCAUGGGUAUAAAAACAACCUCUAUAGGACUAUGAUGGUUGACGAUCUGUCAGAAGGUCAUGUUUAUUAUGGCCUGACCUGUUACUGGCUGUACUGUAAAAGAGCUUGUUUUCUUUUCUCCUGCUGAGAAUGGACAGGUGGUUGGACUUGAAUAAUUAUUCCACAGUCAUCAUUUGCAUAUGUCCAAAGGAAUUUGAUUGUCCAAAAAAAAAAAAACAUCUCAGAGUGAUCUCACUCCUGAC